GUGGUUUUGUUAGUUCUGCAAGGCACGGGUCGGGAAAAGGCAAUUUUUAAACAUGUUUUAAGCUUAAAGCAAGUGCUUCUCUCCAUACUGAAAUUGUUCUAAAUAAUUGUGAAGUGUCGUAAGUUGUCGCUGUUUGAAAGAACAGACACGAUGACAACGUACGAGGAAUUUAUUCAACAAAACGAAGACCGCGACGGUAUCCGCUUUACGUGGAACGUUUGGCCUUCGAGCCGUAUUGAUUCCACGCGUCUGGUUGUACCGCUCGGAUGUCUCUACCAGCCGCUGAAAGAACGUCCGGAUCUGCCACCGAUUCUGUACGACCCGGUCGUGUGUACGCGCACAACUUGUCGUGCUAUAUUGAAUCCGCUCUGCCAGGUGGAUUACCGGGCGAAGUUGUGGGUGUGUAACUUUUGUUUCCAACGCAACCCAUUCCCGCCACAGUAUGCGGCUAUCUCGGAGCAGCAUCAACCGGCCGAGCUAAUCGCGGGCUUCAGCACGAUCGAGUAUACGAUCACGCGUGCCCCGUGUAUGCCACCGGUGUUUCUGUUCGUCGUUGAUACCUGCAUGGAUGAAGAGGAGCUGACGGCACUGAAGGACUCGCUGCAAAUGUCACUCAGCUUGCUUCCCGCAAAUGCGCUCGUUGGCUUGAUUACCUUCGGCAAAAUGGUGCAAGUGCACGAGCUCGGCACGGAGGGUUGCUCGAAAAGUUACGUGUUCCGCGGCACGAAAGAUUUGAAUGCGAAGCAAAUCCAGGACAUGUUGGGAAUCGGUCGGGGUCCCGGUCCUCAGCAACCGGGACAGCAGCAUCAGCAGCAAGCCAUGCGAGGUGCAGCAGCACCAGUUCCGCCGGCCAAUCGAUUCCUUCAACCGCUGCACAAGUGUGACAUGGCAUUGACCGAUCUGCUUGGCGAACUGCAGCGUGAUCCGUGGCCAGUACCUCAAGGCAAACGGUACCUCCGUUCGACGGGAGCUGCACUGUCGAUUGCAGUGGGUCUGUUGGAGUGUACGUACCCGAACACGGGUGGCCGUAUUAUGCUGUUCGUCGGUGGACCUUGCUCCCAGGGACCGGGUCAGGUGGUGGAUGAUGAGCUAAAGCACCCGAUCCGUUCGCAUCACGAUAUUCAGAAGGACAAUGCGAAGUUUAUGAAGAAAGCGAUCAAACACUACGAAGCACUAGCAUUGCGCACGGCCACUAAUGGUCACUGCAUUGACAUUUAUUCUUGUGCACUCGAUCAGACAGGUCUGAUGGAGAUGAAGCAGUGUUGCAAUUCUACCGGUGGACACAUGGUGAUGGGAGAUUCAUUCAAUUCGUCGCUGUUUAAACAAACUUAUCAGCGUGUGUUUGCCGCGGAUCAGAAAGCGGAACUCAAGAUGGCGUUUAAUGGCACGCUGGAGAUCAAAUGUUCCCGCGAGCUGAAAAUCGAGGGUGGUAUUGGUUCGUGUGUAUCGCUGAACGUAAAAAAUGCGUCCGUGUCGGACACUGAAAUCGGCAUGGGCAAUACGGUACAAUGGAAAUUGUGCACCAUGACCCCCAACACGACCAUGGCCUUUUUCUUCGAGGUGGCCAACCAACAUGCGGCACCGAUACCACAGGGUGGUCGAGGUUGUCUACAGUUCAUUACACAGUAUCAACAUUCCAGCGGGCAGCGACGCAUUCGUGUGACGACCGUCGCGCGCAGCUGGGCAGACGCAACAGCUAAUCUGCAUAUGAUCAGCGCCGGGUUCGAUCAGGAAGCGGCCGCCGUACUAAUGUCCCGCAUGGUCGUGUAUCGGGCAGAAUCGGACGAUGGUCCCGAUACGCUCCGUUGGAUCGAUCGUCAAUUGAUCCGGCUGUGCCAGAAGUUCGGCGAAUACGGCAAAGAUGAUCCGAACAGCUUUAGGCUGGCGGAGAACUUUUCACUUUUCCCACAGUUUAUGUACCAUCUGCGUAGGUCCCAGUUCCUGCAGGUGUUUAACAACAGCCCCGACGAAACGACCUUCUAUCGGCAUAUGCUUAUGCGCGAGGAUCUCACUCAAUCGUUGAUCAUGAUCCAACCGAUACUUUACUCGUACUCGUUCAAUGGGCCACCGGAACCGGUGCUGCUCGAUACGUCCUCCAUCCAGCCUGAUCGGAUAUUGCUGAUGGACACGUUCUUCCAGAUACUUAUCUUCCACGGUGAGACGAUCGCGCAGUGGCGCAAAGAUAAGUACCAGGACAUGCCGGAGUACGAGAACUUCAAGCAGCUGUUGCAGGCGCCCGUAGACGAUGCGCAAGAGAUUUUGCAGACACGCUUCCCGAUGCCGCGAUACAUCGAUACGGAGCAGGGUGGAUCCCAAGCUCGGUUCCUCCUGUCGAAGGUUAAUCCCUCCCAAACCCACAACAAUAUGUACGCGUACGGUCAGAUGGCGGUACCGAGUGCGGACGGUGGUGCCCCCGUGCUUACGGACGACGUUUCGCUACAAGUGUUCAUGGAGCAUCUGAAGAAACUGGCUGUUUCGUCCACAACCUAACUGCUUCACGCCGCAACCUCGACAACAGUGCUCAAUCCGUUUCAAUUAAGUGUUGUUAACUGGAAAAGCCAUUUGGACAAAAGCGGGGACGAAAUGAGACCGAGCAACGGAGGAAUCCCGCGUGUGGAUCCCGCGCCUUCUCGUCACUAUAACAGUAUAUAUGUAUCCAUUUAUAGCACCGGAGGUUGUUUUUGGACAGUUCGGCAUCAGUUUGAUUUGUAAAAUUUUCUGGCAAAACCUAGUAUAAAUAUAGCAACAAAGUGUGUUUUUUAUGAAUUGGUGGAGUAAAUGCUCGAUUCAAGUUAGACGGUUCGUAGGGAUUGAAUUAUAUAAAUCUUAUCUAUUUGCCAGUUAAGUUAACACUCAUCAUAAAGUAAUAAAGUGUAUCCCUUACUGUACGCAUCAGUGCUCAUCUGGGAAAACUCUAACAUGUUGUCUAUCAUUGCUGCGGAUAUGAUGAUGAUGAUGAUGAUUAUGG